AUGCGCUUCUUUAGCACCAUUGCCCUCGCCACCUUAUCCGCCAGUGGCAUAGUCACCGCUAUGCCUGUUGCGUAUGCAGAAGAUGUUAGCCCUUCCCUGGCACAGUCACUCCAGGAAGAGGCUGCGGUUGGGCCUGUUGAUGUCGAAGCCAGCAUCGAGACAAGGGCUAACACUCCUGCUGAUGACCAAAAACAUGACGCAAAUCACGAGAAAAUCAAGCAAAAUAACUGCGGAACAAACUGUCAUAAAUCACUGGACUCGUAUCACUCACAGGCCUCGAAAGACUCCAAGGCUUCGAAGGCUUCGAAGGCUUCGAAAAAUUCGAAGAAUGGUGGUAGAGACCUGAAAAGCCUUGAGGCGGCUGAUUCUGAGAACUGA